AUACGGACCACGGACUCCAGCAGGGUUGUUCAUGGAAAGAAGAAGAAGAAGAAGAAGAGAAGAAAGAAAAUAGAAGAAGACAUUUGAGUUUGAGGUUAAUUUCAAGGAAGGUUAUUUUGUUGGUUUGUUUAUUGAUUUUAAGUAAAAAUCGGUUAUUAAAACUAACUUAAAAAUGUCCAGAAAACCCGUUAGCGCUGAAGAAAAACGAACUAGAAUGUUACAGCUCUUUUAUGAAAGAGGAGAAUGUUUUCAAUUAAAAGAAUUAGAAAAAGUAGCACCAAAGGAAAAAGGAAUCGUAACAGCUUCAGUCAAAGAAGUAUUACAAAAUCUUGUGGAAAAUGGGUUGGUAGAUACUGACAAAAUAGGCACGUCGAUAUAUUUUUGGGCAUUUCCAAGUAAAGCUAUUACUGCAAGAAAGAGGGAAAUGGAGGACCUGCAAAAAAAGACAGAAGAAAUUGAGAAAAAAAUAAAACUUAUUGAAGAUACUAUAGAAUCAUCCAAAUGUAGUAAAAAUGAUGAUUUUACACGUAAAAAUAUAUUAGAGGAAAUAAGUGAUAGAGAAUGUAAACUUAGUAGUUUAAAACAGGAAUUUGGAAAUUAUGAAGAAAAUGAUCCUACCAAAUUUGAAAAAUUAGUAAAUAAAUCAGAAGAAUUGAAACAUGCUGCUAAUAGGUGGACAGAUAAUAUAUUCUCUGUAAAAUCUUGGUGCAUAAAGAAGUUUAUGAUGGAAGACAAAGUUUUGAAUAAGCAAUUUGGUAUACCAGAGGAGUUUGAUUAUAUUGAAUAA